AUGGCGGCCAACCACGGCCUCCGCCGCCUCGCCUCCGCUCUCUCCCACGGGCCCCAGCCUCCUCCGACUCCUCCCGCGUCCCUCCUCCUCCGCGUCGCGCUCUCCAGCUCCGCCCCCUCCACGGGCCCGCCGCCGCCGACGGCGCCGCCGGAGGCCGUCAGGAAGGGUGAGGGAGAGGAAGCGGCGGAAGCCAAGGGCGCCGACGCCGAAGCGGGGAAGGAGGAGCAUGAGGACGACGGCGGCGUGCACGUGAACAAGGCCACCGGCGAGAUCGGCGGCCCGCGGGGGCCCGAGCCCACGAGGUACGGCGACUGGGAGCGCGGCGGCCGCUGCUCCGAUUUCUGA